GCUCAUUGUAAGCUCACCUUAAGAAGAAAAUCUUAGCGAUCACUGUUGUUUCUUUUGGAUUUUUCUGAGCUCCUUGAUUUAAAAAUGUCCAAUAAGAAGAGACCCAUCUCUGAAUUCCUCCAAGGUCUCAGACAGCAAAGGUCUAGAUCUUCUCCUUCUUUCAAUCGAAACUCAUCGAAUCGAAAAAUCAUUCACCCUACUCUACCGUCUUCAGCUUCUUCUUCAUCACGACGUCCAGUCAACGAAGCCAGCUUACCCACUUCUCCAACACAACCACAAUCACCCCCACGCCAGUCACAACCUCAACCAGAAUCACCAUCACCAUCACCGUCAUCGCCUCAAGAAGAACAACAACAGCAGUAUGAACAACAGCAACUUCAACAUUAUUAUCAAGAAUUACAGCGCCUCGUUGCCUUCAUCGCCAACUUCCUAAAUACAGACCCGGCCCUUCAUCUGCUGCAAUUCUUCGAAUUUACUACUCGAUCAGUCCUUAUGCCUUCCAUAUUCAAAGACUUAUACCUCACCUUCUAUUCUUCUUUCACAGAUACCUAUCAACAACAAAUGCUGCUCAUUCAAACGCUACAAACGCAAGCCAACGCUGUCGCGUUGUUACGCAGCUAUCAAACCGACGACAUCCUAGAAAAAGAAAUCCUGGUAUCCGUAGCUUCUCUUGUUGCGAAUCCACAAGUAUCCACAUUCCUUAUCCAACAGCUGUAUAUUUUUCGCAAUACGCUUCCAGAUAUCGUCCGCCAACUCAAUGAACCUUUUCCUCAAAUAGAGGAAACAGUAGAAGCACAACAAACCAAGGAGCUGCUGGCUACUUUGCUUCACAGAUUCAACGCCUCUCUUGAGCCACAUAGAGGAUUGGAACUUCUCAAGUUCAUCAUUGAAAACUGGAGCCUACUCCCUCCUUCAAGGUGGGAUACGGUCUUACUCAACCUUUUGAAUAUUUCGACCGACUAUGAUAUUCUGUAUCUUAACGACUUCUUAGUCUCCGAACUGCAGACAGUGCAUGACGAAAGGGACCCUCCUCAUGGGUACAUUCGACUUUCAUCUCUUCCUUCUGGCCAUCCCAGUGUCUGUCCUAUCUGUAACGACCCCCAAAAUUGGAUACCUGACUUUGUUCGUGCUCAGUGCGGCAAUUCAGACCACGCCAUUUGCUUACACUGCGCUCAACAUAUACCAAGCGGAUGCCCCUUUUGCAGACAAUGAUCGGGACGAUGAUGACGAUGAUACCAAAUACUCUCUUCUUUUUUCCUUUUUUUUCCAUGAGGUCCUCAGAAUAAAAAAUGCCAACAAGUAGGUCAAAUAUUUCCGAUUACAUCCGGCGAAUCAGAAUGUCAGUUCCAUCCGCAACACGAAUGUCCAUUUUUCACAGACAGCCUCAAACACGCUCCCCA